AGUUCCUCCAAGCUCCAAACAGCUCAUUUGAGCACAGAAGUUUUUAUGAGGAGUUAGCGGAGGUGAACAAGGGACAGCUUGCUAUAGUAACUCGGUAGGAACAGACCUUAAUGUAAUAUAAUAGGGCUGUCUGAUUUGUGAGAGAAGAAAAUCGAGCUGUGGAGCAGUCAGCAAGGAUUCUGUAUGACAGAGGAAUCACAAUGUGGUUUUAAAUGCACAGAAAAGGCAGAGAUACUGUACCGUGGUUAUUAUAAGGAUCAAUAGAGCCCCCUGUUUCAAUGAGGUCUCAGGAAGAAGAUCUGUCUCAUUUUAUGGAUACAAUCUGCAAGCAGCACCAUUUCAUCUAUCUAUAGUAUUUCAUCUCUGGGCACUCUGCAAUAGACAUCCAAGGAUAUAGAGAGAGGAAAAAACAUUGAUUUCAUUAACUUAUAUUACUUUAUAUACUUUGUGGAGAUGGAAAAUGAAGCUCCCAAAAUUGUGGACAAUCAAAUGGAAAAAUAUAUAGUUACAAUAAUGGGGAAAUCAGAGAGCCAAAUGGACAUAGUAGAGAAAUCAAACAAAUCUGUAAAAAAGUCAUGGAGCAUCAUGGAAAUAGGUCUUUCUGUGCUGCUUUUUUUGAUGACCUGUGGACUGGUCGCCCUCUUGGUGCUUUACACGACUAACAAAGAGAGUGUAUGUACAACAACAGGAUGCGUUACCGCAGCUGCAAGAAUUAUUCAGAAUAUGGACCCAGCCAUAGAACCUUGCACUGAUUUCUAUCAGUAUGCCUGUGGAGGUUGGUUAAACAAACACGUUAUCCCAGAAACCAGUUCCCGUUACAGCAUCUUUGAUAUACUUCGGGAUGAAAUGGAGAUUAUUUUAAAGGGUUUACUGGAAAUGCCAGACCAGGAUGACCGUGAUGCCUUUAGAAAAGCCAAAACAUUAUAUAAGUCCUGCAUGAAUGAAAGUCUGAUUGAGCAGAGAGACGCAUUACCUCUUUUAGAACUUUUACCUCUAGUUGGAGAGUGGCCAGUAGCUUAUAACGAUUGGAACCUCACCAAAGAGCCCCAUUGGAGUUUGGAAGAAAAACUGGCCCUUCUGAACUACAGAUUCAACAAAAGGGUCCUCGUUGAUAUAUUUGUGUGGAAUGAUGACCGGGAGUCGAGCAAGCACAUCAUUUAUAUUGACCAGCCUAGCCUUGGCAUGCCUUCCCGAGAUUACUAUUUCAAUAGUGGAAACUAUCAGCGGAUAAGGGAAGCCUACCUUCAGUUUAUGAUCACCAUUGCCAGGAUGGUACGAGAAGAUAAGAAUCUGACUAAAGAUGACAACUUUGUGCAAGAAGAAAUGACUCGUGUGAUGGCAUUGGAGACUGAUAUCGCAAAGGCAACAGCCUCCUCAGAAGAACGGAACGAUGUCACCUUGCUGUACAACAAAAUGACCCUCAAUGAGUUUCAGCAGAAGUUCACAAUAGAUAGUUUUAACUGGACCAGCUUUGUCCAAGGAGUAAUGUCCUCUGUGAGUAUCCAGCUUCACGACGAUGAGAACGUGGUUGUUUAUGGAGUGCCUUAUCUACAUCAGCUUACAACGAUUAUCUCCAAUUAUUCUGCAAGCACUUUACAGAACUAUCUAGUUUGGCGACUGGUAAUCGACCGAGUGAGCAGCCUGAGCAGACGCUAUAAAGAUGCACGGGCCAACUACAGAAAGGCCCUGUAUGGGACCACAUUGGAAGACGCCCGCUGGAGGGAAUGUGUCAGCUACGUAAACAGCAACAUGGAGAAUGCGGUUGGAGCUAUGUAUGUCAAGGAAGCAUUUGCUGGUGAGAGCAAGAGGAUGAUCAGCGACCUCAUAAAUAAAGUGCGUGAAGCCUUUAUUGAGACUUUGGAUGAGUUACAGUGGAUGGAUGGCACGUCAAAGGAAAAGGCACAAGAAAAAGCUCUAUCCAUCAAAGAGCAAAUUGGAUAUCCAGACUACAUUUUGGAAGAUCAGAAUGAUAAACUGGACCAGGAAUCCUCACAAUUGAACUUUAGUGAACAGAAAUACUUUGAAAACAUACUGGAAAUUUUAAAGGCUGGAGCACAAAAAAGUCUAAAAAAGCUAAGAGAACCGGUAGAUCAAGACGCCUGGAUAAUUGGAGCAGCAGUGGCUGAUGCUUUCUAUUCUCCCAACCGAAAUCAGAUCGUUUUUCCUGCUGGUAUUCUUCAACCUCCAUUUUUCAGUAAGCACCAGCCACAGGCACUGAACUUCGGUGGAAUUGGCAUGGUCAUCGGGCAUGAAAUCACUCACGGGUUUGAUGAUAAUGGAAGGAAUUUUGACAAGGACGGAAAUAUGUUUGACUGGUGGAGUAACUUCUCAGCAAUGCAUUUUAAGGAGCAGUCUCGGUGCAUGGUCUAUCAAUAUGGCAACUACACCUGGGAUUUGGCUGGUGGGCAAAACGUAAGCGGCGUCAUCACACUAGGAGAAAAUAUUGCGGAUAAUGGUGGCGUCCGGCAGGCUUACAAGGCAUACCUAAAAUGGGUAGAAAGACACGGCAAAGAGCCUAAACUCCCUGGGCUGGAUUUGACUCACAAGCAACUGUUUUUCCUGAAUUUUGCUCAGGUGUGGUGUGGAUCAUAUCGGCCAGAGUACGCUAGACACUCUAUAAAGACGGAUGUACACAGUCCAUUUAAAUACAGAGUAAUGGGAUCGUUGCAAAACUUUGAAGCCUUCUCUGAAGAAUUUAACUGCAAGAAGGGUACCACAAUGCAUCCAGUAGAGAGAUGCCGGGUCUGGUAGACGAAGUGCCAUGAAACGACCUUCAGAAAUCGGUCUGAGAAUAUCUGCUGGGCUGGUUAUACAUAUUGAACAGUUAUAGCCAAUAAUGUGCCUGGUGUUUUCCUUCUGUUCAGGUCAGAGCCAUGGUCUAUGGUAACAAGGCAGAGAAAAGGGAGGUGACAGUCUUACUGUUUUAGGGUUCAGCUGUCACCACAGCAAGUGUUACAAUUACUAGAAGAUAAGAUGUUUGGAAAAUGACUGUUUUUAAGGCUUGACUGUUAUUAUAGAAAACAAAAUACUGCUGUCAGGUUUUUAAAGACUAGUUUUAAAAGAUGUAUUUUUUUUUAAGCUGACUUGGCUUUUGAUAUCAUGUUGUACGUCUAUAUUGGUUCCACCUCAUGUCUCGUGGCACUCUCAUUGUCCAUAGAAAUCAGUAUGUUUAAAAAUGUCGCUGUGACAGUAAGAAACAAACUAAAAAGGCUCACUUUGGGGAAACUACAAAAAGGAAGAUCUCAUUAAUUUAAAAAAUAAAAUUAUUUCUGCCCAUCUGAUUAUUAGGACCACCCCGGCCUAUGUAUUGUUUAAAUCUUAUUGGUGCAGCAAUUAGUAUUUUGAUGUUACACUUUUUAGUUGCCAUACCUCCUGUAGCCUGUGUUGAGGGUGCUUCCUUCUCUUUUACUAGAAAUGCAUUAAAUAGAGAGUUCUAGCAGUUGGUGCGCCCUGCACCUUUGACCUAACUCUUAAUCAGAAAGAAAUGUAAAAGACCCCUUUUACUAAUAUAAAUAAAUGAAACAUUAGAUUUACAUUUCCCUAAGUUACUUUUUAAAACAUAAAGAAUACUCCAACCCCAAUUUUAAAGCUUUGCCAUAAAAAUUUGCCCAAUGGAUUUGAAUGAAAUACAAAUACAUUCAAAUCUUCAGAAACAAACAGCAGCUAAAUAGCCUAUCAGAAGCACUACCAUUGUUCUUGAUAUGCUUUUCUAUAGGUUCUUGCUCUAUAAGACCCUCCUCCUCAUUCCUAUCUGCACCACACUUUCCAUACUGAAGCUUGAAAUACUGAUAUUUUCUAUCAUGCAUUUGUUUAGAGAAUAGGGGGUCAAUUACUAAAGCUUCUAAAACAGAGAAUUGGUGAUGUUGCCUAUAGCAACCAAUCAAAUGCUGUCUGUCAUUUCUCUAUUGCCUUAUAGAAAAUGAUAGACAGCAUCUGAUUGGUUGCUAUGUUACACCAAUUUUCUGUUUUAGAAGCUUUAGUUAAUUUACCCCUGGGAGAGAGAGAAAAUGGAGACAGCAAAAUUGACCUCUGAUGACAACUUUCACUUAUCAGGAGUCAAGACAUACAGUACAGUCUCCCAGUGUUUAUAAUAACAAAGCAGGCUAUACUAUACUCACAUUUAAUUUUCAGUCAAAAUAAUUUUGCUAUCAGCGUAACAUUACUUCCCAACAGUGGCGGAACUAGCGAGCGGUGGGCCCAGGUGCGACAAAAUGCUUUGGGCCUCAUCCCACCCCCUCACCCCUGGAGAGGAUCUGAUGAGGGGGACCUGCUCAGGGCCAGAGAAAUGGAUACCUAGCAACAGUGCCGUAACUAGACAUUUUAGCACUGUGUGCAAGAAACGGCAUCGGAGCCCCACCCCUGCAUGCAAAACAGGGGCAGUGCGUGCGCAAAAAUACAUAAGAGUGUGGCUUCGUGGGGAAGGGGUGUGGCCACAAAAUAAUACCAAUUCAUAAAACGGUGCACAGUAGUCUCCAUUAUUCAAAUUACGCCGCACAGUAGCACCACUACACCAGGUAGAGACCCUUUUACACCUUACGGCGGACAGAUUCCCCUUUUUACACGUUACGGCAGACAGCGUCCCCUUUUUACACAUGGCGGCAGACAGCGUGCCCUUGUUACACAUUACGACAGACAGCGUGCCCUUGUUACACAGAUUCCCCCUUAAAACACAUUACGGCAGACAAUCCCCCUUUUUGGAAAGAAAGAAAGAAAGAAAGAAAGAAAGAAAGAAUUAUACUUACUCUCUCCGCUGGCUCAGGCUCCUCGGUGCAGCUUCUACAGAGACCCCGGGCAGGAGAGAAUGAGGAGGAGGGAGGUGGAGGAGGAAGCC